AUGCCAGAUGUGGGCGCGUCUCCCGGGGCGGAUGCGCUCCGACGCAGACACCCCUGUGCCUCUCUGAAUCAGUCUCUGAUUCGCGUCGAAGUUUCAGACGAGUCUGUAUCGCUGGUCUCUUCCUCUGUGUUGUCUCCUGUGCUGUCGCCUCGUUCCGCGGCGCCGGAGACGCCCCGAUCUGUGUUGGCGCAUGCGGAAUCCACCCAGAUUCGGCCCCUUUUUGCGGCGCCAUUUUGGGCGCGCUCUGGCAACAGCCAGGGCAGUGGAGGCGCCACGCCGACCUACGCAGGAAAAAAAACUCCGCAGCAGAUGGUGAGGCGCCACUCUCCUCGUAGCUCACGCACAGUGCAUCACAAACCGCGGCGGCCACAGACAUCAUCGACGAAGGGCUUGGAUGCCGGCGGGUCGCUGAGCGCACUCUCUCCAGUCAAACGUGCAGUCUUUUGCAAGCGGAGACAGUUUAACGACGACAACAGACGCUGUGAAUCCGAAGAAGUGCCGGUUUUGUUUCUCGUGCUAAAACUGGAUACCGCCUGCCUCGCAGGACGAGAGAGCAAACAAGCGCAUCUGGGCGUCGCGCAACAGGGCUACGGAGACCGGCUCCUCGCAAGGAAAGACGACGAACGCCCGGGCGAGGACACGUAUUCUGGGCGCCACACAAAAGAUCCCGGGAGUGCUGCUGCGAACCCCGGAGAGCCGCCGUCGCUGCCGCUGGCAGCCCUGCCCGCUAGCGUGCACCUUCUCUCCCAGGCGGCCGCUGCGUCGCGGGCCCCGGAGGCACGAGAAGCGACGCUCAAGACGACCAGGCAACGCAGCAGACGCAGCAUGUCAAGCGGACGCCACUCGCGGAGGCGGCGGGGAGGGUCGCAAGCAGAGGCCUGCGAGGCUCAGCGGCAAGCGACGGGAAAGGGUUUCGAGGAGUGUCCUAUCCUGGUUUCCGUCUUCGGCCUCCGUCCGGCUGACAUGGCCUCGUGGCCUCGGCUGUCAUCAACACCGCCGUCGCCGUCGUCCGGAGGUCGUGGCGUCCUGCCACCAUCGUUUUCCCUGUCGCCUGUGGCCUGGAGUGCACUUGCGAUCUGCGAGUCGUCUCCCCGCAGCGACUGCGCCUCUCCUCCGAGCGGCUCGCGCGUCCUCGCUGCGUCCGCUGUCUCUCCCGCGGCGCGUGCCCAGCAGGCGCGGGCGUGUUUGGGAGAGUCACGAGCAGUUUGCGCGGCGCGAGAACUCGUGCAGACAGAUCUGCGACGCGUCGAACACAAACGAAAAGCCGACCUGACUGCGCGCCGAGGAAGAGUUGAGUCGUCUGUGAGAGCGGCCUCGACCGAACUGCUGGACAUUUCGAAAGCUUGGGCGCUAAAGAAGGGCGACACGCCGAGCGGGUCCACUCGCCAGUGCGAUACCGCGCGCAACCGGAGCGAGGAGACCCAGGAGCUCUUCAAGUCUGUCGCGCUCGGUGACAGCUGA